AUGGCUAAAAUGCCUACCCGUCAAUUAGGAAAAAAUGGUCCUCAAGUUUCAGCAAUUGGCUGUGGAGCAAUUGUUUUUUCAGUAGGUUCUGGAACUACCGAAGUGGAGGAAAAGCGAUUUAAAUUAUAUGAUCGUGCAAUUGAACUUGGCUGUACUUUUUUUGAUAGUGGCGAUGUUUAUGGUGAUAGUGAAGAUUCAUUGGGAAAAUAUUUUGAGAAAUAUCCGUAUCAACGUGAAAAGGUUAGUAAAAUAAUUCUAACAGAAAAUCUUUGUUUUACUGAAGUAUUUCUUGCCACAAAAUUUGCACUUGUAAUGUCUCCUGAAUUGAAAACUUACACAGUUCGUGGUGAUGCUCAAUAUGUUCAUGCUGCAUGCGAAAAAAGUUUGAAACGUCUUGGUCUUAAUUCAAUUGAUCUAUAUUAUGCACAUUGUAUCGAUAAAACAGUACCUAUUGAAGAAACUGUCGGUGCUAUGAAAGAACUUGUUAAUGUUGGUAAAGUUAAAUAUCUUGGUCUAUCUAAUUGUUCAAGUGAUACACUUCGACGAGCACAUGCUGUCCAUCCAAUUGCAUGUGUGCAAAUCGAAUAUUCACCAUUUAGUCUCGAUAUUGAACGAGAAGAUAUUGGUCUUUUGAAAACAUGUCGAGAAUUUGGUGUGACUAUUGUUUGUUAUUCACCUUUAAGUCGAGGAAUUCUUGGAGGAAAAAUAAAGAGCUUGGAUAAUAUUCCAUCAAAUGAUUUUCGAAGACGUUUUCCACGUUUUAAUGAAGAGAACUUAUCAAAAAAUCUCCAAUUAACUGAAAUAUUAGCAGCAUUAGGUAGAAAGAAAGGUUGCACUCCAAGUCAAUUGACAUUAGCAUGGAUACUUGCACAAGGUGAUGAUUUUAUUCCAAUACCAAGUACAACGAAAAUAGAAAAUCUAGAAGAAAACCUUGCUGCAGCUCAAAUCAAACUCACAAAAGAAGAAAUACAAGAAAUUCGUCAAGUUUGUGAAAAUGCCGAAAUAGCUGGUGAAUCUUGUCCGAAAAAUAUGUCUGGCUUUUUAUUUGCUGAUUCGGCUCCAAAAUUAACCGAACUAUUAUCCGAUCCGAAAUAA